AUGAAUGCGGAGCCUCCGGAAUGGGGCGGAUAUAAAUUGAUUUACUGUCCCACCUCUAUGCCAUGCAAGGAAACGUUUCUAUAUUCUUCUUGCUCUAAUCAACGUUCAGAGAUGACACUUUCCAGCCAUGUUGACACAGAUGCUUUAGAGGAUAAGAUUUUUGAGAAGUCUUCUCCAAAACACAAGUUACUCCAAAAGUACAAUGACAUACUAAGAAGACACGGGAACGACGAGACUAAUUUUGAGGAAACACCCGAAGCUGCAGUUGCAAGAUUCCGUGGAGUAGCAAACAAGUAUAGAAUUCCAGAAACUGGAAUGCCGUCAGACCUAGCAUACAAUAUUGUUCAUGACGAAAUGGCAUUAGAUGGGUCAACAACUCUAAAUUUGGCAUCUUUUGUCAAUGUCCACACCGAUGAGGAGACCAUGAAGUUGAUUACCCAAAACUUAACCAAAAAUUUGGCUGACAAUGACGAAUAUCCAAUGUUAAUUGAGAUGCAAGAGCGUUGUAUUUCGAUUCUUGCAAAUCUGUGGCAUGCGCCAUUAGUUACCGAAGACUCUGGUAUUAAGACCCCCCAUGGUAAAGAGGACAUCUCAACUUUCAAGAGAAGAGCGAUUGGUACACCAUGUACAGGCUCAUCCGAAGGUGUCAUGUUAGGUGGGUUGGCCAUGAAAAAAAAUUGGCAAGCAAAGAGAAAGGCCAAGGGUUUGUCUACGGAUAAACCAAAUAUUCUGAUGGCUUCUUGUGCACAAGUUGCAUUAGAAAAAUUCGCAAGAUAUUUUGAUGUUGAAAACAGAUUGAUUGGUGUGUCUGAUAAGGACUUUUUGAUUGAUGUUGACAAAAUUAGAGAGAAUUUGGAUGAGAAUACAAUUGGUAUCUAUGUUAUUGUUGGUUCAACAUACACCGGUGGUUUUGAAAACGUUGAGAAAAUUGCUGAAAUCUUGGAUCAGUACGAAAAGGAAACAGGACAUUGGAUUCCAAUCCACGUUGAUGCCGCAUCUGGAGGUUUUAUUGCUCCAAUCAUCUAUCCGGAAUUCAAUUGGGAUUUCCAAAUUCCAAGGGUUAUGUCGAUCUCUACAUCGGGUCACAAGUUUGGUCUAGUUACUGUGGGUUUAGGCUGGGUGUUGUUCAGAGAUGAAAGUUGGUUACCAAAGAGCUUAAGAUUUGAGUUAUCUUACCUUGGUGGCUUGGAGGAAUCUUUUAGCUUGAAUUUUUCCAGACCUGGUUAUCAAAUUGUUCACCAAUACUAUAAUUUCCUAAGAUGGGGUAAACAAGGAUACUACGAUGUCUUUGAUAAUGCAUUAACUAAUGCAAGAUUGUUAUCAUUGUUCUUGGAAGAAUCUGGUUACUUUACUUGUGUGUCUAAUUUACAUUUACCUUUAGGUAUGAGUGCAAGAAACAGAGAUCCAAGUUGGGAGCCAAGUCAGGCAAACGAGAUUAUAGAUGAGCACGACAAAUUCAACCCAGCAUUACCGGUUGUUUCAUUCCAACUCACUAAAGAAUUUUCAGAAGAGUAUCCCGAAAUACCUCAGUCUUUAAUCUCUACCUCUUUGAGAAAGAAGAAGUGGAUUAUACCAAACUACCCAUUGCCAAGAAUUAACGUUCCAAAGGAAAAUGAGGAUGGUGAAGUCGAAGACGAUGAAAGUUUGUGGAACGAAGCUAAUGGGUUAAACAACGAAAUUUUAAGAGUUGUUGUCAAGUACAACUUAACUGCCCAGUUGCUAGAUAAAUUAAUGCAUGAUAUAAUUGAUGUUGUUGAAGGUCUUAUCAAAUCAGUUAAGUUGGUCAGAAAAAAUAUCAGCGAAUCGAAAACUAGUACCGAUAAGCACAAUGAGGAACUAAUUUACAAUAUGUUGCUAUCUAUUUCUAAUGAUGGUGAUGAACGUUUGAUUAAGUUGAAGACUGAUGAAAACAAGACCUCAAAUGCAAAAGUUAUUUGUUAA